GAGAGGUGCUCCAUCAACCCCUGUGGGCCGUGGCUAACUGAAGGCAGGCCAGUGUCUCGGCAGCAGCAGGAGGGGAAGGAGGUGCUGCAAGUCGGUCCGGCCACACCUUUCCCUAACUUUUCACUCGCCUCCCUCCACACUGACUCACGCCAGCCACAACCCUUCCCUCACUAAUCCACCAUGGCAGAAUAGUGAGGACUGUCCAUACGUGACUGUGGAUUGACUUGUGCUGGUGGAAAUUGACAGAUAAGUUUAAAACCGUGGAAAAGUUGAGAAAACAGGAAAGAUUAAAUUCAUGAGUUAUUUUCACGUCAGAUUUGGAAAUGAGGUUUUGUUUCCAUAAGGGUUUAAUUUAAUGGUAAGUUUUAAAUGAUAGAAACAAAAGCACAGAAUAAAGGAAAAAAUAUACAAAACUGACUGAAAAGAAAAGAAAAAGAGAGGUUUCUAUUGUUUCGUUUAGUUUCUUAAUAUAAGGGAAAUAUGGAAUAAUAGAAAAAAAAUAUAUAACUGAUAGAAAAAAAAAGGAAAAAAAGGACGUAUUUUGAUUUUAGUUUAAGGGAAAGUGGAACGAGAAAACAAAAAUGCAGCAGAACACAAAACAAUAAUAAAUUUGACUGAAAAACAGAACUAUUCAAACUUUUUAUUUAUUUAUUUAUUUUUCUCUCCCCCCCCGUGAUAUGAAUUAAAAUGAUUGGAACGGAAAAGAAAGAAGAGCAUAGGGUAAAUAAAUAGAAAAAAGACAAUAAAAAGGAAGAAGAGAAAGAAGAAGAAGAAGAAGAAGAAGAAGAAGAAGAAGAAGAAGAAGAAGAAGAAGAAGAAGAAGAAGUAGAAGAAGAAUAUACAAAUAGUGUUAUUAUUGUUGUUGUUGUUUGUUGUUGUUGUUGUUGCUUUCGAGAUAAUUUUGUUAUUAAGAAAGCAAACAAUGAUGCAUUAGAGAGAGAGAGAGAGAGAGAGAGAGAGAGAGAGAGAGAGAGAGAGAGAGAGAGAGAGAGAGAGAGAGAGAGAGAGAGAGAGAGAGAGAGAGAGAGAGAGAGAGCACUUUUGAGUGAGGGAAAACAAUAAAUAAAACAUAACAAACAGAAAGAGGGAGAGAGAGAUAAAAAAAAAGGAGAAAGGUAAAAUACAUAAAUAAAUAAACAAAUAAACAGACAUUUAAAAUAAUAAAAGAACCUAUGAAAAAUUAAGAGAGAGAAAAAAGAAAAAAAAACAAUCAAGAAAGAAAGACAAGGAAAGGAGGAGCGUAAUAAAGAAAAGACGCAAACACAAUGAAAGAGGAGAGAAAGAAAGAAGGAAACAAACAAACACACAAACACUAAGACAAUAUUUCUUAAAGACGCUGAAAUGAACUGUAAACAAGGAAAAAAAUGGUGAAAAAUACAAAUGAAAGAGAAAAAGGUUAAUUAUGAAGACAAGGUAAUUUUUUGUUUUGUUUUGUUUUUAGACAAUGAAGAAUAAGGAAAGAUUCACAACAGUAUCCUUUUCUCGAACUUUCUUUAUCUUGGUAGUGCUUAAGAAAACAAGGAAAAAAGAUAAAAGAUAAAAGAAAAAUAAAGAUAAAAAGGAAGAAGAUAAAUAAAUUGAGUUCAAGAAAGAGAAUAGAGAAAGACUCAAUAUCUACUACUACUACUACUACUACUACUACUACUACUACUACUACUACUAUUACUACUACUGCUGCCGCUGCUGCUGCUGCUGCUGCUACUACUACUGCUGCUGCAAGAGGUCGUGGGGAAUCAUGAUGUGGCCUUUGUCAGCACUAGUCCUGGCAGCCGUAGGAGUAGGGUGGGUGAGUGGUGAUGACGGCACCACCACCCUUCCCACGCCCCUGCACGCCUCCCACAAACCCUCCAAGGCGCCCCCGGCCAGACACGAGCUAUACGAGGCAGCGGAGGCGAUGUGGGCAAAGGCACUGGCUCUCAACACCCUGGCGCCGGAGUACCAGGGGCAGAACAACACAGAGAUCGCGGCACAGGUGGGAGGAGAGGCGACCUUGAGCUGUUACACUUAUCACCUGUCUGAUGAAAGGGUGGCGUGGCUCAAGAGGGACGACGACCAGCUGCUGACGGUGGGCCAGGAGGUGUAUGCAGCGGAAAGGAGGUUCUCAGUGGUGCACGCCGACCAUGCUGAGGCAUGGGAACUAUGGGUGAAGGAUGUGGAAUUGACAGACGCGGGUCAAUAUGAAUGUCAGCUGACCACCAACCCUCCUGUGUCCUUCUUCUUCACCCUGACCGUCACUCAGGCCCAGGCGGUGGUGGCGGGUCCCUCAGAGGUUCACAUUGAGGAGGGUUCCCUGCUGGCCCUGGAGUGUUACGUCAAGCAGGCGCCCGUGCCCCCUGUCUACAUCUUCUGGUACCAUAACAACACCAUGGUGAACUACGCCAGGCAGCACCACAUCCAGGUGGACCAUCAGAACUACACGAGCACACUAGUGGUGGCCAGGGUCAGGAGGACGGACGCCGGCACCUACUCCUGUCAGCCUCACUUGGCGGCCCCGGCAAACAUUACGGUUCAUGUGGUGACAGGCGAGCACCCCGCGGCGAUGCAACAUGGGGGGACGCAUGAGGAAGGGGGGGCGCCUCCAGCCAGCCACGGACACCCACGCACCCCCACUCCUUCACCCCUUCCUCCCCUGCCUCGCUGUGUUAGUCGCGGGCAGGUGGCUUGUAACUCGCUGAUUACAGGUGAAAAUGAAGGUGUGUGUGUGUGUGUGUGUGUGUGUGUGUGUGUGUGUGUGUGUGUGUGUGUGUGUGUGUGUGUGUGUGUGUGUGUGUGUGUGUUAAGUGGUGUAUGUGUAAAUAUAUUCUUGUGUAUAUAUUGUUUGUCUAUGUGAGUGUGUGUAGGUGUUGGUGGAUGUGUGUGUGUGUGUGUGUGUGUGUGUGUGUGUGUGUGUGUGUGUGUGUGUGUGUGUGUGUGUGCUAGUGUUAUCAUUUGUAUAUUUCCAUAAAUGUUCUCAGAAUAUUAAUAAUACUAAUACUACUAAUAUGCAUGUUUGGAUGUGUGCAUAUAUACAUCGAUGGAAGAAAUACACUCACACAAACACCCCUCACCCACACACACACACACACACACACACACACACACACACACACACACACACACAUAGAUUAAGCAAACCAUUAUCUUCAAAACUCUCAUGACAAACCUGAUAGGAAAAGAAAGGAAAAAAAAAAAAAAAAGAGGAAGAAAAAUGUAUCACCGGUUCGCUCAAAAGUCAUGAAGCAUUUUGAAGAGACUCGAACCGAACCGAACCGAACUGAACGAAAAUGAAUGGAGCUGAACUGAAACAAACUGAAAUGAAACGAACCGAUGCCGGACCCGCACGAAGGUCACUUGUAAACGAAAUAAAAUGAAAUGUGGCUUUAAAAAGGGUGACUUUUUUUUUCAUAUCCC